AUGGCGCCGGGGCUCGUCGUGGACCUCCCCUUCCUCCUCUUCCUCCUCUUCGUCCCUCGAGACGUGGUCCCCAAGCCCCGGGUGACAGUCACGGUGACCAAGGAUGAUGUCCAGCAGUGCAACGCCACCCUGGAGUGCUCCGUGGGGCUCCAGGAGGUCACCUACGAGUGGAUCCCCCCCCGGCAGGUCCUGCUGGAGGGCGGGGGGGGCCCCGUGCAGAGGGUCUCCUUCAACCCCUCGGAAGGGACGUACGUGUGCAGGGUGAGCAAUCCCGCCUCCUCCAACAGCGCCUCGCUCACCUACAGGCACCCCUGCUCCUGGACAGGUGAAUCCUCCACCGCCGCCUCCUGCACCUUCACCACUGGGCUGCUGGUCCUGGGUCACCUCCUCCUCCUCUUCCUCCACCUGGCUCUGGCUUGAGGACCCUGCAAAUUCACCUCCAUCCUCAGCUCUUCAUCCCCCCAGCAUCGGGAUGAGGCUCCGGG